GCGAUGAGGCAUUCCACGCGUGCCGUCCCCGAAUUAUACGAGAGAAAGGGUCUCGAGCAGUUCCGGCUGGAGGUGAUCGGCGCGGAGCCUGGCGCUGGAUCCCGGCGGCUGCGCCACAGGCCAGCAGAGGUGGGAUCUGUCACACCAGCUAUUGCAGCGGCGAAGAAGAGCACCGCAAACCGGUUGGUCAUCCAGAACAAACCGUCUACCAACGUUUCCGUGGAUCGCCAAAAGAACCCAAUGGCGACUGGAAGCAAGACGCGCUCGUCCAGCUCCAGCAAGUCCAGUGGCAGCGCAAAGAAACCCAGCGCCGUGAAACAGCACGCAGCUGCUGCACCCAAGAAAACCAGCAAGAAAACCAUCAGUAAGAAGGCGACCAGAGGAUCCUCGAAGUCGGCGACCAAGCCGUCGAAGGCAUCUCUGGUGAAAGCCAUCAAGGCUCGCGAAGGCAAGAGCUCCCAGACUGCAGAGAAGGGAGGAGUCUUCAACAACGAGGUUAACUUUGCCUCCGCAGCUGCCUCUCCGGCCCACUUCGCCACCGCGGCAACCACACGUGCUGCUUCAGCUUCUUCCAGCCGUCCGUCUGCUAACUCGCCCACGAGCACUUCCAAGUACAACGACGCUCGCCGAUCGGGGAGAAAUGCCGCUCCUGAGCAACGAUCCACCGGCUUCUUCGGCUGGUUGCGCAGACUUUGGGGCUGAGGAACGAACCGUGAAUAUGGCAUCUUGAGAUGUCUUGGUCCUUUGAGUAGUGUCGAUCUUUCCAGCAGUGCAACGUACAGAACCAAAUUCUGGUGCGUUGGCCUUAACUGCCAAGAUGACGGAGGAAGUCGGGCGGUUGCCUUUUCGAUUUCCGGCUGGUGUCCGCUCGUGAGACCGAUGGUGUGUGUGCCCAGGAGCGUGUUGUUUUUACAAGCUUGGGAAAUGAUCUUGUCAAAAUAUUUGAAGAGGUUAACACUCAACUUGGCAACUCAGUGCUGCAGAGCAAGGCACGCGGGUGGGGUGCUGACGGGGUCUGGCGAAGAGGCAACCUCGAGACGCCACACCGGGACGAAACCAAGGCAGGCAACACGUGUGCUGGCGGGUGGUGUGUGGGAUUAUCUCAUAAAACAUGCACUCCUGCUUUUCAAUCCUUUUCGUCUGUUUCCCGUCCCUCUGCAGUCUUGUGAAAACAACGGAGUUUUCUUGGCUUCGUUUGAGUCGUGCAUACAUAUGCUCAUGCACUUCUGCAAUGCUAUUGUUAAUAGUUCUCCACAGUAUGAGAUAUUCGGACUAUAGUGUACUGGCGUCACUCUCUUCUUCGAACUGCUUUUGCAGUGGUACGCGGCCUUUGGGAACCACAUUGCAAGAACCAGAGGCUUUUCUGAUUAGAGCAGAUCCUACACUUUAACACGUGCUGGUCGCGGUAUGGGUGCAGGGGCGGAGGGUCACCGAGCGUUGUAGGGUUAUUCGUUUCAUUCCACCGAGAAUCGAAGAGCAGGGCAGACUGCGUAGAGUGCAAAACAAAGAAAGUAGUCGAGCUCCUGAGCCUCCGGAUGUGUGCCAGGACCUUCCACAGCACUGGCAGGUGCUCACACUCCAGCGGACGCGGCUUCUGUGUGAAGGCAGUCGAGAGGAACAGAUGUGCACGAGUAUUCAUACAAUUGUUUCAACGAAUGACUAGGCCGCGACGUCACAAAUCGAUAGGAAUCAUGGUGAGAUGUUUCCGGGGGAUAAAACACUGUAAAUUCGUUGAUGUAUGCGAGCAUGUGGUCGGCAAGCGCAACUCAAGGUAGUUGCCAUGUUUGCGGUUGGCGAAGGUGAGCCGUUUGUCAUGCCAGAAUCGAAUGUCACACGGAAGUUGUGGUAUCGUGAUUUGUUGAGGAGCCUGAUCAGCGGCUGUCGCUGGAAGUGCCUGUGGACCGUGCGUGUUUUGUGGAGGGUUCAAGAGUUACGUUUCUCGAAAUGCCGUUCCUUAGCAUUCUUGACGCACUACGAAAGGCCAAGCAGACGUCACUCUACAUGUGGGCGCCGGCCGCCAAGGACGUUGGGAUGCUCAGUUCCUGCGUCCCAUAGAAUCUUUCUGUCUCAGACUCUGCAGGAUCAGCGCGUGACGUUCUCUGCUAGUCUGCCACCCUCUGUCAUUGGUCCUGUUUCGUUUCACUGAGGCGUCACUUUGCGUCUAUCGAUCACCAUCUGUGUUAAUUGACGCCAAGGUUUUUAAACAGCAGUGUGCGUUUCAGCUUGGAAUACCAACACGGCAAGACAGUGUGACUAUGAACGCGGCCAUGCGGACAAAAGCCUCGUACGCGGGCUCUCCCGUAGGUGUCAGCACCACAGAAAAACAUGGCUGCACUUGAAAAGGACGCCUACUACAGUCUUACUUCGUAGUUCUGGUACGGGCGGCAUGUGGUGACACCGUGGAAUGCCGAAGAAAACGCAUUCAAGACACAUCCGUGGUGCCCGCAGGCAUGGAGUAACCAGCAG